AUGGUCGGCAUGGCGUUCAUCGAAAAGAUGCUCGACCUCGAUAAGGACGUCGGACGGUACUUCUUGCGGACUUGCGGCGAGGAGGACCACCUGGCCUACAACCGCGUUGGCCUUACAGAGUAUUUCCAACACCGUAACGUCAGCGACCUCUACCUCAACUCGCCUAGUUGGUACGCUUCGCAGCUUCCCGACCGCUUCGCGUUCUCGACGGGCGAAAAGGUCAUCGAGAUCGACCCGCUCAACAAGAACGUCUUCACCUCGAAGGGCAACGUCUAUCAAUACGACAUCCUCGUCCUCGCAACGGGCUCGAACGGCGCGCUUCCGCCCUACAUCUCGCCAGCUCAAGCCGCCGAGACCAAAGGUGUCUUCGUCUACCGCAACGUCUCCGACCUCGAGGCUAUCAUGGACUACGCCGACAAGCCUGAGAUUACUCGCGCUUCUGUUGUUGGAGGUGGACUGCUCGGCCUCGAAGCCGCAAAGGCAGUCUACGAUCUUCCGACCAUUCCCGACGUCAACAUCCUGAUCCGCCAGAACUACCCUCUCAACCGCCAACUUGACGCCAGCGCUGGCGAGAUGGUGCUGCACGAGAUUGAGAAACUGGGAGUCAAGGUGCUCACGGGAUGCGAGCCGAAGGCGAUCACGACCGAGACGAACGAGGCGGGCGACAAGGUCUUCACUGGCUUCCAGCUGGCCAACGACGAGACGCUCGAAAGCGACUUGGUCAUCUACGGUAUCGGCAUCUCGCCCCGCGACGAACUCGCUGCGGCUGCCGGCAUCAAAGUCGCGUCUCGCGGCGGCAUCGAGGUCGGCGAUGACUUGAUGACCUCGGCUCGCGACGUCUACGCGAUCGGCGAGUGCGCGAGUUGGCAGGGAAAUACCUAUGGCUUGAUUGGCCCGGGCGUCGAGAUGGCCGACAUCCUCGCCUUCAACUUGACGCAGACGGUCGGACACGCCCCUCGCAAGAUGAAUGCGCCCGACCUCUCAACGAAGCUCAAGCUCAUGGGCGUCGACGUCGCUUCCUUCGGCGACUACUUUGCGGACGAGCGACUGGCGAAAGAGGCGGCUGCGGCUGAGGCUGCUGCACAACAGGCUGCCCCGAAGGAAGAGCACGGCGUCGCCAUCUCGACGGUCAAGCCGAGCCGGAAACGGCCUCGCAACACCCGCAACGACCCGAUCAAGUGCCUCACCUAUUCCGACCCCAUCUCGGCAACCUACCGCAAGUACAUCUUCACAGCGGACGGCUCGCAUCUUCUCGGCGGCAUCAUGAUCGGCGACACCGGCGCUUUCACCAAGCUCGUCUCGAUCGUCAAGAAGAAGAAGAAGCUCGAUGUACCGCCUUCGCAGUUCAUCCUCGGCGCGAAGAAGGAGGAAGACGAUGGGGCGGACCUCGACGACGAUGUUGUCGUCUGCUCUUGCCAUGCGACGACGAAGGGCGCCAUCAGCCAAUGCGUCAAGAAUGGAAUGACGGAGCUGGCGGACAUCAAGUGCAAGACCAAGGCCGGUACAGGAUGCGGUGGCUGUCUCCCGCUCGUCACCAACAUCUUCAAGAGCGAGAUGAAGAAGGCUGGUAACGCUGUCUCGAACAACCUUUGCGUCCACUUCAAGAUGUCGCGAGUCGACCUUUUCCAGGUGGUCAAGGUCAAGCGGCUGCACGACUUCCGCUCGAUUAUGCGCGCCGCCGGCUCGAAUCCCGACUCUAUCGGAUGCGAGCUGUGCAAGCCGGCCGUCGCCAGCAUCCUCGCCUCGCUCUACAACGAUUUCGUCAUGAAGCCUCGCCACCACGGCUUGCAGGACACGAACGACCGCUUCCUCGCCAACAUUCAGCGCAACGGCACUUUCUCCGUCGUCCCUCGCAUUGCAGGCGGCGAGGUCACGCCCGAAGGCUUGAUUGUGAUCGGUCAAGUCGCCAAGAAGUACGGCCUAUACACGAAGAUUACAGGCGGACAGCGUAUCGACAUGUUCGGCGCGCAGAAGGCGGAUCUUCCGGCUAUCUGGGAGGAACUCGGCGCCGCUGGCUUCGAGUCUGGCCACGCCUACGGCAAGAGUCUCCGUACCGUCAAGUCUUGCGUCGGCUCGACUUGGUGCCGCUACGGCAUCGGCGACUCGGUCGGCCUCGCCAUCGACCUCGAGAACCGCUACCGAGGCGUCCGCUCGCCGCACAAAUUCAAGGGUGGCGUGUCUGGCUGCGUGCGCGAGUGCGCUGAGGCGCAGAGCAAAGACUUCGGGCUCAUCGCGACUGAUAAAGGCUGGAACCUCUUCAUCGGCGGAAACGGCGGCGCGAACCCUCGUCACGCCGUCCUCUUCGCCAAGGAUGUCCCGCCUUCGAAGGUUGUCAGGCUCGUCGACCGCUACCUCAUGUUCUACAUUCGCACUGCCGACAAGCUGCAACGGACGGCGCCUUGGGUCGAGGGCUUCGAGGGCGGCAUCGACAAGCUGCGCAAGAUCCUCAUCGACGACGAGCUCGGCAUCUGCGCCGACCUCGAGGCGGAGAUGGACAACCUGAUCGGAACGUACCAAGACGAGUGGGCAACGGCCGUUCGCGACCCAGAGGUUCGCAAGUCGUUCAAGCAAUUCGCCAACACGGAAGAGCGGCGGCUCAACUCGGAACUCAUCACCGAGCGAGGGCAGCAACGACCUGCCGACUGGCCGAAGAACUUCCCCGGCCAGCGAUUCGAGGUUAAGGACAUUCGGACGCCUCGCUCGCAGUGGCGGUACGUCAAGCUGGCGAGCACGGGUGAUCUCUCGCCGACGGAGGAGAACACAACGUCGUGCGCUGUCCGAUAUGGCGAGGACUCGCAGCUCGCUAUCUUCCAUGUCCCCGGCAAGGGGUACUUCUGCACGCAGCAGAUGUGUCCUCACAAGCGCGCCUUCAUCCUCGAGCACGGCAUCGUUUCGGACGACGGCAGCGGCCACCUCUACGUCUCCUGCCCUCUGCACAAGCGCAACUUCCGCCUCGACAAUGGCGACUGUCUCAACGACGAGGAGUACAAGAUCCUUGCGUUCGAUGUGAAGGAGGAGAAUAGCGACUUGCUCGUCCAGGUUCCUCCGCCUGACGAGCUGGACGCUCUGAUUGGGUCGUCGAAAUGGAUGGUGCGGAAGGCGACUGCCGAAGCGUUCGGUCGCAACGCAGCGACGGCCAUCGAAAUCGUCGGACCGUCAGGCGAGGUCGACGAGGACAAGAAGGCGGCAGGAACGGAGUGCGGCGAGGCGGACAAGUCUUGCGGGACGCACAAGCUCGAGUGGUAA